AUGAACUCUUUGAACAUUCUAUCUUCCCGAGUCAUUGGCCAGUCCUCCAAUCCCAAUCGCCUGCGUCAAAGGUCGCGCUCGCAAGGAGAGAUCAGUCCCUUGGUUCCACCGGAGGAUCUAUCCAAGCUUCGGUCUUACAGUUACGACAAUUUCCGCUCGUCUGAUGUCCUGGAGAAAAGCCAAGACAAUGCGCCCGAGUUUCAAGCAGAGGUCGAUUACUCUGAACACACGUUAGUCGAGAAGACACCUCUGAUACAGAGCUUCCAGAGGGGUGGCCCGCUUGCUACGAGAAGUACUCUGGGACUGUUCACACAGCGUUUCUUCGAUGCGAUUGCGGAAACGAUCAAGUUCAUUCUCUCAACCUUGGCCGCUCCUGGGGUGUUUAUAGCGCAGUGCUUUCGGGACGAUGACGGGCAUUACUCUCCAGUGGCACCCGUGCGAAAACUACGGCGAUCUAUGACUGGCUCGACACAUUCCUCCAAAAAAGAUGUCAAACAUGCUGGGACGAGGCGACGGAGCGGGUCUACUCGGAAGCUUCGAAGUCAUGCAUCUCGAGACUCGAUCGCAUCGAGCACGUCUGAAUCGGAGGGCGAUCGUCGAAGCAGUCAAGGCCGAGCGGGCGGCCGAUCUCGAGCCUCGAAGUUGAAAACUACAAGUCUGGAGCAACUCUCGGAUCAGAGCACUCCUCGCCGUUCCAUUCGCAUCAAGCUUCAUAACGAAGAGGCGCUGAAGCGACAGAGACAGCGCCGAUCACAAAGCUCGGAUCUUGGUGCAACAUCGGAAGCCGGCGAGGUUGGAGCGCAAGCGUCAUUGACCCCAAACAGUCUCAAAUCACCCACUUCGCCAUCUGUUCACAAAGUCGACAAAUAUCCUCAUUCGCCUGUACCACCUCGGCCGCUGAUCCCUCCCCGACUUCCAUCAUAUGCCGCUGCUUCCCGAAACUCGCGCGUCCCGCAGAAGACGCUGGUUUUGGAUCUUGACGAGACAUUAAUACACUCGCUGGCCAAGGGUGGUCGUAUGUCAAGUGGCCAUAUGGUCGAAGUCAAGCUUGCCACGCCCAUGACGACGACCCUCGCACCUGGCGCCGCGCCUACUACUUUGGGACCGCAACAUCCCAUUCUCUACUACGUGCACAAACGUCCGAAUUGCGACGACUUCCUCCGCAAAAUAUGCAAAUGGUACAAGCUCGUUGUCUUCACCGCUAGUGUCCAGGAGUAUGCGGACCCCGUCAUCGACUGGCUCGAGCAGGAACGGAAAUACUUCCAGGCACGGUACUACCGGCAGCAUUGCACGUUUCGGAACGGCGCUUAUAUCAAGGACCUGAGUUCGGUGGAGCCUGAUUUAAGUAAAGUGAUGAUCCUGGACAACAGCCCGAUGAGCUAUCUGUUUCAUGAAGGUACGCCGUCAGAAAAGUCCCCUCGGGUCUAUUCGUUCUCCUUCCCUGACUUUCUGUAUACAGAUAAUGCGAUUCCCAUCGAGGGCUGGAUCAACGACCCCACAGACAACGGCCUGCUCAACCUCAUUCCCAUGCUCGAAGCUCUACAGUAUGUGACUGACGUGCGGGCAUUCCUGGCCCUGCGUAGAGGCGAAGGGGAGAUAUAA